GGGAAAACGACAGAUAAACGGCAGAAGGACUGAAGAAUGAAUGAAUGAGAUUGACUGAAGAACAGGAGGAAACGCAGUAAGGUUCUCCAUCAGUGAGAGGGCGUGAGGGAAGGAGUGCCCCACAUUCGAGCGCCCGCCGACCGCACUCCCCCCACCACCCUUCGCUCCGUCCACAGUAUGGCUCUCGCUCUCUGGAUCCUCUUCACCUGCACCAUCGCCCUGAGCCACGUCAGACCCUCUGCACAGGCAUUAAGUCGCUCUGCAAUGCCAUUUGGAUUGAUGCGGAGGGAGCUGGCAUGCGAGGGUUACCCCAUCGAGCUACGCUGUCCUGGCAGUGAUGUCAUCAUGAUCGAAACAGCCAACUACGGCCGCACAGAUGACAAGAUCUGUGACGCCGACCCCUUUCAGAUGGAGAAUGUACAGUGCUACCUACCAGACGCCUUCAAGAUCAUGUCACAGAGGUGCAAUAACCGGACCCAGUGUGUGGUGGUGGCCGGGUCUGAUGUUUUCCCCGACCCCUGUCCAGGAACCUACAAGUACCUGGAGAUCCAGUAUGAAUGUGUGCCAUACAUCUUUGUUUGUCCUGGGACUCUAUUAAGGGUGCAGGCAGCAAGUUUGCUGCAGGAGGCGGAGCAUCAGUCGGGGGCAUGGUGUAAGGAUCCCCUGCAGUCUGGUGACCGUCUUUACGUCAUGCCCUGGACUCCGUACCGCACUGAUAUGCUGUACGAGUAUGCUUCGUGGGAAGACUUCAAGCAGAAUCGAGCCACAACCACCUACAAGCUGCCAAAUCGUGUGGAUGGAACAGGCUUUGUCGUUUAUGAUGGUGCUGUAUUUUACAACAAGGAACGCACACGCAACAUCGUUAAAUAUGACUUGCGGACACGGAUCAAGAGUGGAGAAGCCAUUGUCAAUAAUGCAAACUACCAUGACACCUCACCUUACCGCUGGGGGGGAAAGUCUGAUAUUGACCUUGCAGUGGAUGAAAAUGGUCUCUGGGUCAUCUACGCUACUGAGGCCAAUAAUGGGCGACUGGUGGUCAGCCAGGUUAAUCCUUACACUCUUCGCUUUGAGGGUACCUGGGAGACCAGCUUUGAUAAACGACUGGCAUCCAACGCUUUCAUGGCAUGUGGUGUCCUCUAUGCUGUACGCUCUGUUUAUCAGGAUGAUGACAGUGAAGCAGGUGGAGAUCUAGUGUUGUAUGCAUACAACACCAAUCGAGCACGGGAGGAGCCUGUCCACAUACCCUUCCCCAACCCAUACCAGUAUGUGUCUUCUGUGGAUUACAACCCACGAGACAAUCAACUUUAUGUCUGGAAUAACUACAAUGUACUGCGCUACCCCCUAGAGUUUGGCCCACCAGAUCCCACUGCUGGUCCUCCUGUCACCACCCAGAUGAGCAGUAGCACCACCACUGCAGCAAGACCUAUCACGUCCAGUUCCAUCCCCUCAACCAUUAGACCUCUGCCACCCACAGCUCACCCGAUAGGGGCCAUCAACAAGGCACCAGACCUGCGACCUAUCACUGCCACUGUACCAGUGACUCGCAGACCCUUGCGUGUUCCACCCCAGGGACCUGAAAUCGAGGUGUGUGAAGCCAGAGUAGCCCGAGGUGUGCAGUGGCCCGCCACCCAGAGGGGAGAGACCGUAGACAGACCGUGCCCUAAAGGAUCACUAGGCAUCGCCUCGUUCCAGUGUCUGUCGUCUCCUGUGCUGUGGAACCCGCGCGGUCCUGAUCUCAGUAACUGCACCUCACCGUGGGUCAACCAGGUGGCCCAGAAGAUAAAGAGCGGAGAGAACGCUGCAAACAUCGCCGCUGAGCUGGUGAACCACACGCAGGGCCGCAUUCACGCCGGUGAUGUCAGUUCCUCUGUCAGACUCAUCGAGCAGCUAUUGGAUAUAUUAGAUGCACAGCUGCAAGCUCUCAGACCCGGGAAUAAGGAAUCGGCUGCCAGGAACUACAAUAAGUGGCAGAAGAGAGAGAGGACCUGCCGGGCUUAUGUUCAGGCGGUUGUGCAGACGGUGGAUAAUCUCCUGCGAGCAGAGGCGUUGGAGUCGUGGCAGGACAUGAACAAUACGGAGCAGGCACACACCGCCACCAUGCUGCUGGACGUCAUGGAAAAAGGAGCCUUCUUGCUGGCCAAUAACAUGUACAACAAUCACUUCUCAGAUCAUGCUGCAAAUGUCGAUCUGGAGGUGCGAGUGCUGAACACAGAGACGGAUUCUCAGGAUUUGUCGUUUCCUCAAAGCGGCCCUAGCGACAGCAGCAUCCAGCUCUCGGCCUCCACCUUCAAACAGUACAGCCGUAAUGGCCAGGUGAAAGUGGUCUUCGUCCUCUAUAAGAACCUGGGCUCCUUUCUCUCCACUGAAAACGCCACGGUGAAGAUGGAGAUGGAGGCGGGCCUUGGUGGGAGGGGCUUGGCGGUGAAUUCACACGUCAUCGCUGCGUCUAUCAAUAAGGAGUCCAGUCGAGUGUUUCUGACCGAGCCUGUGGUGUUCACACUUAGACAUUUACAGCUGGAGAAUCAUUUCAGCCCCAACUGUUCAUUCUGGAACUACUCUGAGCGCUCGAUGACGGGCCAGUGGUCAUCUCAGGGCUGCCGGCUGAUCGAAACCAACAGCACACACACAACCUGCUCUUGUAGCCAUCUCACCAACUUUGCAGUGCUGAUGGUACACCACGAGCCAGACUAUCCAGGCAGGAUGCACGAGUUGAUCCUCUUUGUAAUUACAUGGGUUGGGAUCGUCAUUUCGCUGGUGUGUCUCGCCAUCUGCAUCUCGACCUUCUGCUUCUUGCGGGGCCUCCAGACCGACCGGAACACCAUCCACAAGAACCUCUGCAUCAACCUCUUCAUCGCCGAGCUCCUCUUCCUCAUCGGCAUUGACAAGACGCAGUACCACAUUGCAUGCCCCAUUUUUGCGGGCCUUCUGCAUUUCUUCUUCCUGGCUGCGUUCUCCUGGAUGUGCCUGGAGGGGAUCCAGCUGUACCUGAUGCUGGUAGAAGUCUUCGAAAGCGAGUACUCCCGGAAGAAAUACUACUACCUUUGCGGCUACUGCUUUCCAGCCCUGGUGGUGGGAAUCUCAGCAGCUAUCGACUACCGCAGCUACGGGACCAAGAAAGCGUGCUGGUUGAGGGUGGAUAACUACUUCAUCUGGAGUUUUAUCGGCCCUGUGUCCUUCAUUAUCAUGUUAAACCUGGUGUUUCUCAUGAUAACUCUUCAUAAGAUGAUCCGUAACUCAUCAGCUCUUAAACCCGACUCCAGCCGCCUGGACAACAUCAAGUCCUGGGCUUUGGGAGCUAUCGCUCUGCUCUUCCUCCUUGGCUUGACCUGGGCUUUCGGCCUACUCUUCAUUAAUGAGAACACAGUCAUCAUGGCGUACCUCUUCACCACCUUCAAUGCCUUCCAGGGCAUGUUCAUCUUCAUCUUCCACUGCGCUCUGCAGAAAAAGGUGCAUAAGGAGUACAGCAAGUGCCUGCGUCAUUCAUACUGCUGCAGUCGCACCUCCACAACCAGCUCUCACGGCUCUCUGAAGAACUCUGCCCUCCGCACAAACAACAGAUACUACACCGGCAGUCAGACACGCCAUGCAGCCGUGCACAGACAAAGCCGUAUCCGGCGCAUGUGGAACGACACAGUGAGAAAGCAGACGGAGUCGUCUUUCAUGGCCGGAGACAUCAACAGCACCCCAACCCUCAACCGUGGUACAAUGGGCAAUCAUCUUCUGACCAACCCUGUUCUUCAAACCCGUACAGGAAGCUCUCCCUACAACACACUGCUGGCUGAGACCUUCACUCCACCAUCACCUGGAGUCUUCAACUCUACCGGAACUUUCCGUGACCCGAAGAGCACACUAUCAAAGAAUCGAGAUCACGGAGGCAUGGAGACACUACCUUUGAACGGAAACUUCAACAACAGUUACUCUCUGCGCAGCGUCGGGGGUUCAGGAGCUCCCGGGGGCAGCUGUGACUUUCUGGGAGGUGGAGGUGGAGACAGCCCCCCUCCUCUAUUCAACCCCCGCGGUUCAGAAACUCUUGGUGGCAUACGGAGAAACCUCUCAGAUGCUGCAGCAUUUGAGAAGAUGAUCAUAUCUGAACUUGUGCACAAUAAUCUGCGAGGCGGGGGAGGGGUUGGGGGCGGUGACAGAACAUGUGGCAGCCUGGCCAGAGGACAUGGCCAUUUGGGCAUGGGGCGAACCGGAGGUGUUGUCGAGCCGGUGAUUGGCAUGGAGGAUGAUGAAGACUUUCGCUCAAGGGAAGCACGUCAGCGCACACCACAGGAUGUGGAACUGCUUUACAAGGCUCUGGAAGAGCCCCUUCUGCUUCAGCGUGCCCAGUCUGUGCUCUACCAGAGUGACCCGGAUGAGUCUGAAAGCUACACAGCUGACCUGACUGAGAGUUUGGGUCAUAGCGGUCACAGCGCCCAAAGUGCAGCAGGCCAGGGGCACAGUGGACCUCCUGAUUCACCUGCAAGGGACUCCCUCUACACCAGCAUCACCAAUCUGCGAGAAUCACCAUACCCUGACAGCAGUCCAGAACCUCUGGAAGUGGUUCCACGCUCGGCCCAGCCUCCAGAGGAGCUAUACUACAGCUCAGGUCGGCCCGCCAUAGGCUCCCGCGGAGCCCCCAUGCAGACCUUCUACCAGGCUCCACCUAGGAGACCGAGCACUGAAGCGCACCCAGCCCCAGAGGGCCCCCAUAGCGAGGGAGAUGGACAGAUGCAGUUGGUCACAAGCCUGUGACCAUAUGGAAGAGGUUGAGGAGGAGAAGCGCCACAGGGUUUGAUGCAAAGUGCUGGUGCCGAUGAUAGACUCCUCUUCUGUCUCUGACGCCCUCCCUAUGUCUGGUUGCCUUUUUGCUCUUUCAGUUGUUUUGAAGUAAAAGGUAAGGAAAGCCUAAACAGGGAGAGCGACAGAGAGGUUUGUCUCCAUGGCAGCAGGCUCUCUGAAGUGCUGUGUAACCACUCUGCUCUCUCAUCAGCAUCAUUUUCUCCUCCCUCCUCAGACACACACAUACAGAAAUAGCAAGUCCAACUAUCUGCCUUCUCUCAAUGGACGUCUCUGCCUUCAGCUCUCUUUGCUCCAAGAAUACCACCAAGCAUCUCACCGGGCUUCUAUUUCUGUGUUUUAUUUUUAUGCCAUGUCUUUAAAAAUGUUACUUUUGCAUAACUCCUUACCUUCUCUUUCCCUUUUCUGUCUUUCUCCAUCAUUAUUUGAUGAGAGCUGUUACGUGAGGAAAUGGGGGUAUGCCAUUAUACUGCAAGUGACAAAAAUUCUUCUGAACGCUCUUAGUGUUGCCAAAAAUAACUGUUUUUGAGCCAGGACACAAACUGGAAUCUACACACACACACACGCACACUCACAGAAGUGCUUGUUACUGAACAUCAAGAGUGUGAACAUAUGCUCAUGAAAAAGAAAAACAAGGACUAUUGUUCAUACACAGGUAGCAGGAAGCUGCCUCAGUGGAGUUGCCUUUAUUUCUUUCUCUGAACUGACUCUUCUGUACAGAACAACCACAGAGACUGGGAACUGGGAAGGGCGGGGGGACGCUAGGACACAACCCAUAGUCAGCUGAGUGGUUUGGAGCCUUUCAGCUGUUGUGAAUGAACCUCUGUAGGGCUCAGAUCCACAGAUGGGAGCAGAUUAAGGAUUGAACCUGCUUUCUGAAUCACUGAUGGAUGUUGUAGGUGAACGUGCUGUAUCACCUGUGUUAUUGUGGCUAGAAGAAUUUUUUUGCUACCGCUCCAGCCAUUCUUCGAGUCUGACCUCUGUACAUACGAAACCACACAAAAGCGAAAGUCUUAUUCUACUCGUCUUGUACAUAGAUGAACAAAAGCAACAAAAAAGUAUCAAGUACUAUGAAAAACAGUUCUUCUACUGCAUCAGAAAUUGAAAAGAGUCAAAAAUAAACAUGUUUUGAAGUUUGUGACAUGAACGCCACGCUGGUCUCUCCCUCUCUCUUUCUUUCGCUCUCUUCGGCCCUCGUUCGGUCCUGCCCUGAAGCACAGUGGUGCCAGGAAAUCUAAUUGUCUGCCAAGAGACAGCACGAGCGAGAGACGGAGAGACAGAAAGAGAACAAUUUUACAUACAAACGAGAUAAAUCCUGGCACAAUUUUUAUGUAAUAUAACCCAUUACAUUGUUGGUAAUGUUUGACCUUCAACAUUCCCAGACAGGAAGUGCUUGGCAUGAAUGAAAGGGGAAUACACUGUGCCUCGGGGGCGCACUAGUGCAUUGUGGGUUGAUUGACAGCAGCCAUAAUGUAGUGUUGGUUAUAUUUUAUCUGCAAGAUAUAAUAGAUAUCAGAUGACUAGAUGAAUAGAAUAUAAGAUAUUUAGGUGAAAAAAAAUUGGGGAGGGUGGGCACAUUUGGUGAAGUUUCAGUCGCAAACCCUAGAUUGUAUUUGACUGUUUUUACAUACCAAUAUCAGCUGUUGUUUCUGAAUCUGGUGUGACAGUUGAUUUACAAUUUGUAUGUGUCUGGACAUGAACAUUUGGAUGCCUGCGAACCAGAGUAUGUAUGUGUGUGUGCGUCCGCGCGUCUGUAUUUCAGAGGCUAUUUUUACUGGGUUAGAUGGACCCGCAUUAGAAAAACAGGAAGCAGAAUGAAUCUAUAUCUAUAUAAGAGCUCAGUAUAAGCUUCCAUCUAAAAGACUUUGUUAAAGGUAUUUUAAAUGUUACUUUGCCAGUCAGGUACAAUGGAGAACAAAACCACAACAACCAACCAGAAUUGACCAAUCACAGUCUCCUUGGUUUAGAAUCCCCAUAUGCAAAUGAGCUACAUAGCCUAUCGAAUUAAAAAAGAGGUAUUCAUGAGUGUCCUGCCCCUCCGAAGUCUGCGCAAUCUCUUUCAUGUCUGAUGUUUUAUUUAUUAAUAUUUAUUUGUCUGUUUUGAUUAUUUAUGCACAUAUUCAUUUAUUUAGUGUGGUUGUUAUUCUGUGUACAGAGCAUAUUUGA